AUGGCUCGUGUCGGGCUUUACCACACUGCAUUGGCCUUUCUGGCCAUGUCGGUGCUUCUCCCCUGCUCCACCGCGGCGAUUGCCAAGGCGUGGGGCGGCGCGCAGCCUCUCGAACCGAUGGCCAACGCGCUGAUCGCCGAGUGGAACAAGAAAGUCAAACCUGCGCUACAAUUCGGCAAAUAUGAUCCCUCCAGCUCCAGCAAUGGCGUUGCGGGAUUCUACAACGGGACCUACUUAAUCGGCGCCUCAUCUGAGCCAAUCAGCGCCGACAAGGAGAUCGCCACGAUCCCCAAGAUCACCGUCCCUCUCGCUAUUGUCACGUACAGCUUCUUCGUGACAAAAGCCGCGGGAGCCAAGCCGCUUGUUCUCAACGCCAAGCAAUCGUUUGAUAUCAUCUCCGGCGCGACAACUUCCUGGGCCGAUGUUCCCGGCGCGGCCGCCGCGAAACUCACCGGCCCGAUCACGCGCGUCGCGCGCAGCACCAAAGUCGCGACGACGGCGAUCGUCCAGCAGAUGUGGUUGAAGGCCGGCGCGGGCUACCCCGCCGGCGGCGACACCACCGGCAAGCCCUUCACGUACGCCGGCCUCACUUUCGCCGCGACGAACGGCGAUAUGUGCACCAAAAUCGCCGGGACGCCCGGCAGCAUCGGGUAUUCGCACACUGGCGGAUGCAAGAACAAGGCUGGUGUGGCGGAAGUGGCUCUGAAGAACAGGAAGAACGUGGCCAUCUCUUCUCUGAGCUGGAACCCCAUUGUCGCCCUUCCCGCAAAGGUUCCUGCUCCGGACAAGACCUGGGACUCCGUCGAUCUGAUCUGGACCGCGAACGCCAAGGCGCCUCCCAUGGUUUCCAUGCAAUAUUCUUUCAUAAAGAAGAAUCUCAAGAAACCCAAGGUCCCUAACGGUGCAGUUGCAAAGGCGUUUCUGCUGUUCAUCCUUCCCAAGGCGGGCCAGAAGGCAUCUACCAGCGGCUUCCUGCCAGUUCCGGCCAAGUGGUGGGCUCCUUCGUAUACGGCCAUCAAUAACACUGUUCUUGUGUAG